UUGGUUUAAAUACUGCAAUAUAGGAGUGGGUGAUGUAUCAAGGGUCUGUUUACCUGGGGGACUGAAGGGUGAGCUCUGUGGCCCAGCUGAGUCACGGUGAGCCCCUAAGAGUUCUGAGAGGAGCAGCUUGGAGACUGCAAUUCACAUUCCUAUAAAUUUUUGUAGCAAUUGUCCCAGGAGAUAUGUAAAUUCAUUUUUUACUAGUCUUCAAUUAUAAUACAUCCAAGAUUUUCCGAGAUUUAGAAACCAUUGUGUUCAGCUGAUUGUAAACUUACUUCCUUGAAUGCUAAGAACUCCCCAUCUCUCCCUAACCCUACCCCACCCUACCUCACCUCACCCAGGUCUAGCGUCAGCUUUGGGGAACUUGGAAACCUCUGGUGAUAAGGUCAGUUGGGAAUUUAGGAAGUCGUGGGUGUCGGAAGUAAAGGUGUAAAAAAACGGGGAGGAGGAAUUGGUUUUGGCUCUAGGACACAGGGAACUUUCAAGGUUCUUGCAAAACCGUUGCAGCUCUUGAAAGCCUUAAUGUCAUCAGCGCCCCACUGCGGAAUUCAGAGCUUGUCACAAUUGUUAACACCUUUGACCAGUUUUUUUUAUAUUUAACGAGUAUUGUCUUCUGAGCCUUCUUUACCCCCAGCAGGAAGGUUCUGCUGUUUUGGCUUUAGGGAGUGUUCUACACAAAGCACAGCCCCUUCGCUUGCUGCAGUCGGGGGAUUUCUACCUGCUUGGUUUGCAGGAUGCCGGUGCAGCUGACAACAGCCCUGCGCGUGGUGGGCACCAGCCUGUUUGCCUUGGCAGUGCUGGGUGGGAUCCUGGCAGCUUAUGUGACAGGCUACCAGUUCAUCCAUACAGAAAAACACUAUCUGUCCUUCGGGCUGUACGGUGCCAUCCUGGGCCUGCACCUGCUCAUCCAGAGCCUAUUUGCCUUCCUGGAGCACCGGCGCAUGCGACGGGCGGGCCGGACCCUGAAGCUGCCCUCCCCACUGCGGCGCUCGGUGGCGCUCUGCAUCGCUGCGUACCAGGAGGACCCCGACUACCUGCGCAAGUGCCUGCGCUCAGCCCAGCGCAUCGCCUUCCCCGACCUCAAAGUGGUCCUGGUGGUGGACGGCAAUCGCCAGGAGGAUGCCUACAUGCUGGACAUCUUCCAUGAGGUGCUCGGGGCCACUGAGCAAGCCGGCUUCUUUGUGUGGCGCAGCAACUUCCAUGAGGCGGGUGAGGGCGAGACGGAGGCCAGCCUUCAGGAGGGCAUGGACCGCGUUCGGGAUGUGGUGCGGGCCAGCACCUUCUCAUGCAUCAUGCAGAAGUGGGGAGGCAAGCGAGAGGUCAUGUACACAGCCUUCAAGGCCCUUGGUGAUUCGGUGGACUACAUCCAGGUAUGUGACUCUGACACUGUGCUGGAUCCAGCCUGCACCAUUGAGAUGCUUCGAGUCCUGGAGGAGGACCCUCAAGUAGGGGGAGUCGGGGGAGAUGUCCAAAUCCUCAACAAGUAUGAUUCAUGGAUCUCCUUCCUGAGCAGUGUGCGGUACUGGAUGGCCUUCAACGUGGAGCGGGCUUGCCAGUCCUACUUUGGCUGUGUGCAGUGCAUCAGCGGGCCCUUGGGCAUGUACCGUAACAGCCUCCUUCAGCAAUUCCUGGAGGACUGGUACCACCAGAAGUUUCUGGGCAGCAAAUGCAGCUUUGGGGAUGACCGGCACCUCACCAACCGAGUCCUGAGUCUCGGCUACAGGACUAAGUAUACAGCUCGCUCUAAAUGCCUCACGGAGACCCCCACCAAGUACCUCCGGUGGCUCAACCAGCAGACCCGCUGGAGCAAGUCUUACUUCCGGGAGUGGCUCUACAACUCUCUGUGGUUCCACAAGCACCACCUCUGGAUGACCUACGAGUCAGUGGUCACGGGUUUCUUCCCCUUCUUCCUCAUUGCCACGGUCAUACAGCUCUUCUACCGGGGCCGCAUCUGGAACAUUCUCCUCUUUCUGCUGACAGUGCAGCUAGUGGGCAUUAUCAAGGCCACCUACGCCUGCUUCCUGCGAGGCAACGCAGAGAUGAUCUUCAUGUCGCUCUACUCCCUUCUCUAUAUGUCCAGCCUCCUGCCGGCCAAGAUCUUUGCCAUUGCUACCAUCAACAAGUCUGGCUGGGGCACCUCUGGCCGAAAAACCAUUGUGGUGAACUUCAUUGGCCUCAUCCCUGUGUCCAUCUGGGUGGCAGUCCUCCUUGGGGGGCUGGCCUACACAGCUUACUGCCAGGAUCUGUUCAGUGAGACAGAGCUGGCCUUCCUGGUCUCUGGGGCCAUCCUGUAUGGCUGCUACUGGGUGGCCCUCCUCAUGCUGUACCUGGCCAUCAUCGCCCGGCGAUGUGGGAAGAAGCCAGAACAGUAUAGCUUAGCCUUUGCUGAGGUGUGAUGCAGCCCCCAAGCAGAGCGGGAAGAGUGCAAUGGGUAAGGGAGGGAAGGGGAACGGAAGAGAAGACAGGGUGGGAGGGAGAGGGAGUGCUGUUUUAGUUUCUUAAUGGUCCAAAGUGCAAAGAAUGGUGACUGUCGUAUGGCCUGGGACAAGCUCUGCUUCGAGGAGGCAAGUCCAGUGCAGCGGAGGAGGCAGAGGAGGCACUGUUUUCAGGCCGCUUGUCUGCUGCCUCCGCACAUACAGGAGGCCUCUGGGCAAGAUUCCACUUCCUCCCCUGAAAUCCAGAGGAAACUCAGAAGUGUGCUAAAGCAAACAGUAAGUUCCAUUCAGUGGCAGCUUCUCACAGGUGAGUGAGCAACGAGGGCCCAUGGGAGGGGGUUCUCUUAGUCCACCUGAACACAAUCAGAGGUGGUGGGAGUACUUCUGAGUGAUCUGGGCCAGCUAGUAACAUGUCCCCACCUCAAUCUAGUUAUCAAUGCAAUAAGAUUGUGCCUGAAAUACAAGGCCCAGAAGCCUGAUCUUUGGGCAUCAGAAAACAGGGUCCAGGAAUGGUGCUUUCUUAUGUGAAGUACCUCAUUCCACAUCUCAGCAUCCCAAGGAUGAGCCAGACUAGCAGGGAGUUAGCACUGUACUGUUUUUAAGUGUGUGUGUGUGUGUGUGUGUGUGUGUGUGUAUAUGUUAAAAAGGAAAGCUGGCCAGGAGGAACAAACAUUGAUGGUGGUGCUAAAAGCCAUGAGUUACAUGGAGGCUGGGAGCUGACUGUAUUCUACCUGGAAAUUGCCCAAACAUCUAGAUUAGCUUGUCUGUGAUCUCUUCUGAGGAGGUGAAAUGUUUUGGUCAUCUACCAAGAAGAUCAAACCCUAAUGUGAUAAGAAAGGAAGUGAGGACUUGGGUAUUACAAGCUGUAUACUCCUGAAUUCCUCUCUCAAAUUCAGCUCUGAGUCUAAGCCAGCCUCCUUACUUGGCUUCCCUUCAUGGUGAUAGUUACCUCUCCCACCCUCCUCCUAACCAAGUUUUUCAAGGUGGCGAGUGAGACAGAGCCUAGGGCUCUCCUCGGCCCCUCUGCGGUCGGCCAGCCUGCCAUCAGCAUGUGGGGGGAGAUCAGGAGUCUCUGACCAAACUGGCUGCAGCCUGGAGCAGCCUGGACAGGUUCCUUGGCAGCUGGACAGCACACAUGACACUCAGGCUGUAGCUCUUGACAAUCACCCCUAAUGGAAAGCUUUUCAGCAUCCCCUAAGUGAGCCCGCAGUCCACGCCGGUCAUCGGUGAGACUGCCCAUCCUCCUCAGUGGCUCCUCCAGGGAGUUCUUACAGCCAAGUUGUGGAGAGUAACUACUGCACCUGCUUGCUCCUGUCCAGAAACCAAACAAAGGGAUGGAACUGGUAUCUAAAUUCUAAGGUUCUUGUCUUUUCUCACGCCUCUUGAGGAUGUUUGAUUUUCCUCUGCUUUUUUGGAGAGGGUGUGAGGGAAGGCUGUUUUCUACAGAUUUGCAAUCCACAAGACUGCUCUGAGCUCUUGGGUUUAAAAUCUGGGAUACUGACUUAGCCUUUGACUUAGGGGUUGCUUGCUCCAGUGUGCUCUCUCUCCAAAUGUCCACUCCAGAGGGCCUGCUGACCUGUCAGAACCAGCACCAAGGUGGAGAGUAGUUGGGGUCAAGCCUCUAGUGUGCCCAGGUGCUGCCCAUAAAGGAACUAGAUGCACUCUGAGCGACUGGCAAACCUUGGUGCUUCCCUUCAUCGCCCGCCAACUCAUGGGUCUUCCAGGUGCGCCAACACUGCUGCAUUGCACAGGCCUCGAGUUUCUAAGAAGACUGCUGGUUGACAUCAGGCCUAAUCCAUGAAGGCUAGGAAGAGGCAGCAGGCAUUUGCUAAAGGCAGUUGUUCCGGGCUCUUCCGUGUUUUUGCUGGCCAAGAAGUAAACUAUUUUGAGCACUACAAUGGAGGAAAUCCGGUCAGCCAACUGCAGAGCUCAGACUUCACUAAGGGCUUGUUUUUCUUCAGCUUUUACUUGAAGGUUAACGUGGAAUGGACUCCCAGAUGGAGAACACUCGGCAGUCCUACUCUCAGCUCUGCCUUGCACUUAAGAGAUUAUCAACUUUCCCCAGGUCGAGCAGGCAGGUACAAGUUAGUGGGCUCACAACAUUUGACCUCGACUGGUUUUUCUAAGUUAUUUUGUACAUUUUUCAGCAGCGAAACCAAACUGGGUCUUCAGCUUUAUUCCCGUUUCUUGCAAGGGAAGAGCCUUUAUACAAUUGGACAUGUUUUGUUUUUUCCUCAAUGAGAAUUUUAAUCCUCUUUUGUAUUAUUUCUACAAUUUGUAAACAUAUUUAUUUUUACUUUUUUUUUUUUUACUUUCUGGUGAAAUUUUUUAUACUGCACUUAUUUGUCAAAAUAAAGAAUCUCAUUAAGGCUGGUA